GUUCAUCACUAACAGAAGAGUUCUCCCUCGCAUUUUCCAUCGCCAUGUUGCGGAGUUGACAGAUUUACGAAAAUGUCUCUGCUUUUACUUCUAAAAACUUGCUCCAAUCUUCGAGGGAAGUCUGACCGAAUAGCACGGGUCACUUUUAGAGGUGUAACAUAUCAGACAAGUGUAAUUGAAAACUGUUCUGAAGCUGACUGGGAUGAGGACUUUGAGUGGCCUUUGGAGAGUCCACUGGACCCCAGUGAAUUCAUUGAAAUUGAAGUUUACAACUUCAACAAAAUCUUCAAUAACAGACUGGUUGGAGUAUUUCGCAUGGUACUCCAGAAGCUCAUUCAAGAUGGGCAUUUGGAAGUCAGAGAAAGUCUUAUUGACAUGAACAACACAGUACUCAAGGCCAAUGUUGAACUUGAGUUGCAAUACAACCCUCCCGAAGGAAAUGUAUCCCAGUGGGUGAAUAAUAUUAAUGAUUCCCUUGAUGCCCCACCCCAUGUUGGCUACAUGCCAGACGGGCACUACCAGAUGGACCCAUACCACUCUGACCCAUAUGGCAGAAAAGAAGAAAGGAGGGCGUCAUUCGUGGGAAGCACAUUCGGCAGCAAGGCACCAAAGAGCCAAUCCAUGACAAGCCUCACCUCUGGAAGUCAGCGGCACCAUAAUCGAAAGGAAUCAAUGCCUGCUUCCUUUGGAGGAGGUGGACGCCUGAUCACACCUGGUGAGGGUGGGAUGGGAGGGUCACCUUUUGAUGCAAUGUUGAAAGGAGGAGAAGGACUUGGAAGCCGAAGAGGAUCACAGAUCAGUAUGCAGAGUGACAGAAGCAUGAGUAUGAAGUGCAGUCAUGCCCAUCCAAGAGUGAGGGCUGAGAAGAAAAUGUCAGUUCGAGAACAGGAUUAUCAGAUACAAAUUCGGAUUCUUGAGGGAAGGCAACUGGCAGGUACCCAGAUUGAUCCUGUCUGUACUGUGAAUGUUGGCAAUCAAAAAAAGAGUACAACAAUAAAAGAACAGACCAACUGCCCCUUUUGGGAUGAGUUUUUCGUCUUUGAUUUCAAGAUGCCUCCCAUGGUUUUGUUUGACAAGAUAAUCAACUUCCAGGUUUUCACUGGAAGGCAUUUGGUCAGUCAGGGUAACCUGAUUGGGGGAUUUAAGCUGGAUAUAGGAACUGUUUAUGCUCAACCAGAUCACAGAUUCUGCCGCAGAUGGGCAGUGUUGACAGAUCCUGAUGAAACACUGGGGGCUUCUGGUGCAGGUAUCAAGGGUUAUCUUAAGGUGGACAUCACUGUGCUUGGCAAAGGUGAUCCUGCGAAGGAGCCUCCAGGUAUAAAGGACAGUGAUGACGAUAUCGAAGGGAAUCUUCUACUGCCUGAAGGAGUUCCUGCAGAAAGACCAAAAGCUAGGAUCAUAGUGAAAAUUUACAGAGCUGAAGGAUUGCCAAAGAUGAAUAGUGGUCUCAUGGCCAAUGUCAAGAAAGCAUUCACAGGAGAAGUACGAGACCUUGUGGACCCAUAUGUGGAAGUCUGUUUUGCAGGACACAAAGCCAGAACAACUGUUAAGAAGAACACGUAUGAACCAAAAUGGAAUGAACAGAUUGUUUUCUCUGAGUUGUUUCCUCCACUUUGCAGAAGAAUGAAGGUUCAACUAAAGGACAGUGAUUCUGUUUCUGAUGAGGUGAUUGGCACACAUUUCAUCGACCUGUCCAGGAUAUCUAAUGAUGGUGCUAAUGUCCCAGGUGAGAAUGAAGGGGUGGCUCUGUUUUAUUCAGUUGAAAGUGUGCCUGCAGCUUUACCGCAAGGAAGUGAACCAAUGGAAUGGAUCCAUUUUCAUAAAUAUCCGGCUGAUAUUGGUUUUAUGCCCACAUUUGGUCCCUGCUGGGUGAACCUUUAUGGGUCUACAAGGGAUUACUCGCUAUUUGACGAACACAACGAUCUAAACAAUGGACUGGGAGAGGGUGUGGCUUACAGAGGACGACUGUUGAUGGCUGUGCAGGCAGAGUUUGGAGAAUCUGCAUCAGAGGCUGGAAUCCGUCAAGUGGAGGUGGAACCAACAGCUCCCAUCUCUGACACUGCAGCUGGCAAAGAAGAUCAAUUCCAAUUAUAUGCCUGUUUCUACGAAGCAAGCAUGAUUGAGAGAAAGGUUGGCGACAAGAUGAUUCAGUUUGAGAUGAGCAUAGGUAACUAUGGCAACACAAUUGAUGGACAAGCUUUACCUGGUGAGGUAGUGGACGAGGUACGAAAAAAUGGCGAGAACCCAUUCAUCCACCCACUUACACCGCCAGUCAGACCAGUGACCAAUGACAGACAGUAUUACCAUAUACCCUGGGAGGACUCCAAACCCUGUGCACACGUGAAGUUUACUUGGCAAGAUCAUCGCAGACGACUGUACAACUCUAAUGUGUUGCUGAAAAUCUGUGAAAGACUGGAGGAUGGUUUGACGGACUGUCUGGAGAGAGUCAAGAUGGACUUGCCCAACACUUACAGAUGGCUAAGUCGAGUUCUUGCAGAACUCAUCAACGGCUGCAAUCAGUAUCUCAACUUGGUUAAAUCAAUGCCAUCCGCCUCUCAUGUUGGACGCACCAAGCUGGAUAAGGAGCGGCUAAAGUUGUGUCAAUAUGAAGUGGAGUCUGUGUGUCAGUCAGCUCAGGAGCUGAAGGGUAGCACAAGGGAUGACAGCCACAUCAAGGACAAUCUCAAGGCUGCAAAUGCGCUUCUCCAAAGGCUGCUCAACAUUGCUAUUGAGCCACAAGAAACAACCCCUGAUGUAUUCAUCUGGAUGCUGUGUGGAGGCAAACGAGUGGCGUACACCCGCAUUCCCAGUCAGCAUAUCAUCUACUCCUUAGUGGAAGAAGAGAGAGGAAAAGAUGCGGGCAGAAUGCAAACAGUGUUUCUCAGGCUUCCUGGCAAGCGUGGUGAUGGACCUAAGGGAUGGGCUAUUCAAGCCAAACUGAAUGUCAUGAUCUGGCUUGGUCUGCACAAACAUAAAAAAGAUUAUCUGAAAGAUGCUCCCAAGGGAUACCAGACGCCAAAGAACGCUCACAAAUUGAUGGCUCCUCCUCCAAAUCACCUCAUCUACACAGAGAAACAGAAGUUCCUUCUGCGGGCACACACAUACCAGGCGAGAAGUUUGAUUGGCAGCGAUGCCUCUGGACUUUCAGAUGCCUUUGCCCGAGUAAUCUUUACACACCUUGUGGCUGACACCCGAGUGAUCUGGGAGACAAGGAGUCCAACCUGGGAUCAGAUGCUGUUGUUUAGAGACUUAAUUCUGUGGGGAGAUGUGAAUGAAAUUGCUGUCAAUCCUCCAACCAUUGUCGUUGAAGUAUUUGACAAAGAUAUCGGAGGUGACUCAGAGUUCAUUGGUCGUGCGCUGGCCAGACCAAUAGUAAAGAUGGCCUGUGAACCUUACGAGAAGCCGUUCUUCCCGCCAGCAUUGGAGUGGUUCCAGAUUUUCAGAGGAGAGGAGAAAGCUGGAGAAUUAUUAGCUGCUUUUGAACUCCUCCAGCUAUCUGAGGGUACAUGCUUCUUGCCCACUGAAGUCGAACCUGUCAACACUCCUGAUGGACCAAUAACACCCGUCCCUGAUGGGAUCAGGCCCGUUAUGAGGAAACACAGGAUCGAGGCUUUGUUCUGGGGCGUCCGUGAGAUGAAGAGGAUAAAUCUAACCACAGUGGACAGACCUCAAGUGGACAUCGAUCUUGCUGGACAUGUCAUACAAUCUACUGUCAUCACAAAUGCUAAGAAAAAUCCCAACUUCCAGAACCCGGUCAUCUUCUUUGAUGUGAAGCUGUCGUAGGAGUAGGGAAUGCCACUUCUCGUCCAACCUCACCAGUUCCCAAUGCACCUGCUGAUGUGGCAAUAGAGAUUGAUGAGGAUCCUCCGGAUGCAGCGGACUCUGAGCCUCUGCUCUAUGCCUACACACUCAAGGAGAAAAAGAAGAAGGCUGAGGGAGGAGGAGGUGAAGGAAAAGGCGAAAAAGGCAAAGGCAAAGAAGAUGAUGACGGUGAGGAUGCGUUGGACUGGUGGUCACGGUACUACGAGACACUCAAGGACCGUGAACGGAAUGAGAGAAACGACGACCAGAAAGCAUCAAGGCCUUCAAAGAAGAAGGAUAAAAGAGAGGAAGAAUCCGAGGAAGAGAAAUUGAAGAAGAAGAUUCCAAGGCUAACGAUUUUUGACUCAGAAUUGGAAAAUUUGCCAGAGUACAACGGCUUCAACGACUGGCUUCAUUCGUUCCCACUCUACCGUGGCAAGAAGACAAGUGAAGAUGACGACGACGACCAUAGGAUUGUGGGAAAAUUCAAGGGUUCUUUGAAGGUGUGGAAGUACCCUCUGCCUGAGCAUGUGGAAAUGGACCCAAUCGUUGGAACAUUCCUGAAGUUACCCAGCAAUGAGCCUGUCAAUGUGCUCGCACGGGUGUACGUCAUCAAGGCCAUCAAUCUGCAUCCCUCAGAUGUGAAUGGAAAGGCUGAUCCUUAUCUUGUGGUUACCCUCGGAAAACACAAAGUGAGGGACCGAGAUAACUAUGUGUCAAAGCAACUCAAUCCUGUGUUUGGAAGGUGCUUUGAAUUUGAGGCGAUCAUCCCCAUGGAUUCAGUCUUAACUGUUGGCGUGUAUGACUGGGAUCUAGUUGGAAGUGAUGAUCUCAUUGGGGAGAGCAAAGUUGAUUUGGAGAACAGAUUCUACAGCAAACAUCGACCCACGUGUGGUCUGCAGGAGAGCUAUGCAACAUUUGGAUUCAACAAAUGGCGCGACCCAAUGCGCCCGACCCAGGUUCUUGCUAAGAUCUGCAAAGAUGAGGGCCUGGACGGACCUCAUUACUCGACGGGAAGAGUUCGCAUUGACAACAAAGUGUUUGGAGCCACUUCGCAAGUUCUUGAGGAGAGUGGUCAUUUUAAACAAUCAGAUGAACCUGUCGCACUGAAAGCCCUACGUGGUUUCCAUACGUUGAAGAGAGGUUUCAAUCUGGUGCCAGAACAUGUGGAGACCCGAUCUCUGUACAACCCAGAGAAACCUGGAGUGGAACAGGGUAAAAUUGAGAUGUGGGUGGACAUGUUCCCUAUGGACAUGCCAUCUCCUGGGGCUCCUGUGGACAUUACUCCAAGGAAACCGACAACUUAUGAGCUUCGAGUUGUUAUCUGGAACACGGAAGAUGUCCUUUUGGAAGAAUCCAACAUACUGACGGGAGAGAAGUGCAGUGACAUCUUUGUCAAAGGUUGGCUCGAAGGAAUGAAAGAGGACAAGCAACAAACAGAUGUGCAUUACAGGUCCCUUACUGGAGAAGGCAAUUUCAACUGGAGAUUCAUAUUCCCUUUCCAGUACCAGAAGGCAGAAGAGAGAAUUGUUAUUACUCGAAAGGCCAGUUUCUUCUCUUGGGACGAAUCAGAGGAGAAAGUUCCUGCCAGACUGCAUCUGCAAGUGUGGGAUGCGGACGCCUUCUCGGCUGACGAUUUCAUAGGUGAUCUGACCCUUGACCUCACGCGCAUGCCACGUGGUGCGAAGUCCGCUAAGACUUGCACGUUAGACCUACUCAAACAGGACGGCAGUGUGCCCCAGGUCUCCUUCUUCAAAAUCAAGCACAUUAAGGGAUUCUGGCCGUUUACUGUCAACACUGAUGAAGAAGUACCUGAACUGGCCGGCAAAGUGGAAGCUGAACUGGAAUUACUGACACAGGAAGAGGCUGAGAAAAAACCCGCUGGAAGGGCGCGUGAGGACCCGCAGGCUCUAGAGAAACCAAACCGGCCUGAUUCAACCUUCACUUGGUUAAUGAACCCGUUCAAGUCCCUGAAGUAUCUUCUUUGGAACAACUACAAGAUGUGCCUCAUCAAGUUCUUGGUCAUUGGACUGCUUGUAGCCCUUAUGGGCUUGUUCUUCUACUCCAUGCCUGUGCUAAAUGUACCUCACAUUAGUUCAAGCUUCUCUGCGGACCCUUGGUGGUCACGCAAUCAAAACUUUUCAUCGCGAGAGAUUGCGUGA